CGCGUCACAGUGAAGGAGGUUACCUGUACAGACCGUGUUUGUGUUGAGGAUUUGGAAUGAUCGCCUGGUGGUUGUAAAGAAAACAUACCAAGGUUUAUCUGCGCUAUGAUGCUAAUGACAUGUCAUCACUGGGUACAGAAACAGUUGAUUACACGGAGGCCUGCAGAAAAUGCCUGUCAGUAGGAAAAUUGUACAAGUCUCACUCGAGCUGCCGUAACACCAUUCUUCUUCACACAACCCGGUCUAUUAUUUGUGCUGGAAAAAAAUCUGGGCAACUGUUAGGAAAGAAAAAGAAAACUCUUGACAGACUCGGGAAGAUAGUCUCAGCUUGGAGGAACAGCGGAGGAGGCCAAGUUCUGAUUCAUGUAGAGGGUCAACUAUCCGAGGACAGGUGUCUUGAACAGUUUGAUGAGUUCAUUACCAAGAGUCUGUCUGAUCUCAUUGAUGACGGAGAACUAUAUGUAGACACAUACAGGCGCCAAUGGCUAUCUGAUAUACAGAGGUUUCAAGGCCAUACUGACUUCGUUUUUGUGAACGUGAAGGAAACGAGUGGGAUAGCCACUCUGGAUUUUAACACUAAAGUGAGGAACGACAUUGGAAAUGUAUCAAUAAGGUCUGUCAAUUUGGCUAAAUGCAUGCUCAACAGGCGGACAAACACAGUUCCCCCAACGACGAAAGGAUUGUGUGAAAAUAUUCAACUACUCCAUGAGUGCCGGAAUACUGAACUAAAAGGAUUACAUGUUGACAAAUUGAGGUGUCCAGUAGCAACGAAUAUUUCGAGAAGCUCGUCAGAUUUCGUGGAUUAUUUAUGGCAUGAUCUCAAACUGAAAGAUAACCUGACCUCCAUGUCCAAGGUUGAGGGAGGUGGAUCAUACUAUGUUGGGAUAAGUGAGGAUACCUGGGACACUAACAGUUACAGAACCAAACGUCCUAAUAUUGAUGGGUUUUCCAUGAGAUUUGAAGAAUCUGAGAUCAUUAGAGCCAUUAAUGCUAAACUUCAAAGUGACACAAUUGCCUUACAUGGAAACAACUUCUGUCAUGCCCCUGACAAUUUGAUUAAAGUGCGGUUACAUCCGAUUCCUGGAACAGAGAGACGUGUUCUGGAGGUAGCUGUGCGUUGUUUUGAUGGUAUCAUCUUCAGUGAUAAGGACGGGCCAAGGACGUAUGAAGUGAAGGACAAUAAUAUUCAUCGGAUGGACAAAGCAGCUUGGUUAAAGCGUUUCAAAGCCGCACAGAUAUAGUUUAAUAAACACUCAACAUGGAAGGGGAGUUAGAGUUUGGUGGAAAAAAGAGUGAUAGUGGCGAGAGUGAUGACUCCAGUGUGCCGAGCAGGUACAGCUCAGAAGGAGACGUUCCAUUACUGGCUGAUGACGUCUUCUCUGAUUCGGAUGAUCCAGUGAUAGGAGCACAGACUUCCGGUGAUACUCUCCAGUCAGGCACUGUCUCUUCAUCAGAACAAAGGAGGAUUGUUGGGAUACUGUCAGCUGAAUCAGAACAAUCGUUCUUCGACAUCUUCCCGUCAAUUGUUGAAGACGCUCUCAUGAAACAGCAUGCUCACAUUGUACAGAGGCUGAGAGAGCUACCAAAAAGAAAUCGUACAGUCGUCAUUUCAGGAGGCAGCUUACUGAAGAUGAUAGACCCAUCCUGGGAGGGACGAGUACCUGCUUCUGUCCUGUGUGAUGCUUGUGUGUUCUCCCCGACACGCCCUGUCAUGGUGCUGACUUUCACAACUGGGGAUGAGGACAGCCACAAGAACAUUCAAUACAAUACCCAGCUGGCGAUGGUGAUCAUACAAUAUGUGAAGGUGGACACGAAGUUUGAUUUCAAUAUCAUUCAUGACACUGUCGACGCAUCUUUGUGUAAGGAGAGACAAGAUUUCCUGACGAAGAUCGAGCAAUGUGAGAAUUCAGCCAAAUGCAUCUGUUUCCCCGCCGAACUACAUAUGGACGAAAAGAAAUGUACAACCAUCAUAGAGACCUUCCUGAAAUACCUGUCUGAUGGCACUGAGUCAGCCAGACUUUCACCAUCUACGGAGGAUAGAGUACAUGUGAACACCAUUUCCGAGCAAGAUUCGGGGGACCCGCUUGAUGAAUUACGACAACAGUUACGUGCUAUGGAUGAGGACCAUCAACAAGUGAUCAGUGAAGUCAACCAGCAUCAUGAAGAGAAGGUAUCAAAACUGAUGUAUCUGCAUGCUCAGAGAAAGCAGAAACUGGAGAAGGAAAUCGAAGAAUUAAUUCAGAAGCUUCGCCAUGAAAAAAAAGAUGAAACAUCCGAACUCCAUCAGUUGAACCUUUUCGCCAGAACGUCAAGCAAAAUGGACGACUUCCCCAAAUGUUCUGUCUGUCAGCAGCAGUUUACCCUGAAGCGUCCCGCCCCCUACCUACUGCCCUGUCUACACGCCGUGUGUGAGACGUGUGUCACAUCUGCAGCUGGUGGUGUCAUAUCAUGCUCUACAUGUCAGAGGGAGGUCAACCUCACAGACACAUGCCUCCAGAAGGAUGCAGUCAGACAAAAGGAAAUAUUCCAUCUGACAGUCAAACAUCGCCCCACAGAGCUCUUCUGUGCAAAUAAUGACGGCAACCAGGCUGUGUGUUGGUGUCGGGACUGUCAAGAGCUACUUUGUGAAUAUUGCCAGAAUAUGCACAGCAGCCUUAACGUUUUCAGAAACCAUGUACUUCAAAACUUCAGUGACAUGGUACCGACUGUCUCGGACAUUCCAACAUCUUGCAGCAUCCAUAAAUACAACGUCCUGGAUCUCUUUGAUAAAAGCUGCCAGAAGGUGAUAUGUGCGAGAUGUAAAAUCCAUGAUCACGCAGACCAUAAUGUUGAGGAGUUGGAUGUAGUUGCUGAUGCUGUAACGAAACAGUUCCACCACCAAAAGAAUGAGCUAUUAAAGUUACAGACCCGUCAGAAAACUCACAUGCAGAGCAUCAGAGAAGAAAUCAAAUCUACUGACAGAACACACGACACUUUGAAAAGAAAUAUUGGCCACACUUUCCAGACUCUGCGAUUGCUUCUUGAUCAACGAGAGAGUGAACUUACGACCGAUCUAGAAAUUCAUACAAAGGAGACCAAGGCAACCCAACAGGCUCUCCUCACCACCACUGAAGAAGAUUGGGAGACAUGCACAGAUGUGUCAGACUACAUCGACAAAGUUCUCCUCUAUGCCCCCAAAUUACACAUCCUGGAGUUGGAGAGUCGUGUAGGAGACAGAGCUCGGAGCUGCCUGAAAGAUGUUAGAUCUCAGUCACGUGCUGUAACAACAGUUUUCGUCAAUACAAACAGAUUGUCAGGACUGAAAUCAGCUAUAUCAGUAUUGGGUACCAUUACGACAGAUGACGGGAACGUUGAAUCUUUUAGAGACAAGGAUACCCAGACCCUUGAUGACUUUAUGGCAGACCUGGAGAGGAAACACAAAAUUGAAAUUACAGAACUGAAGAUGAAACAGGAUUCAGACGAGAAACGUAUUGAAAGUUUCAGACUGCUCACAGACAAGCUCAAUGAAGACAUCAGUAACCUCAAAUCGCUCAUUGCCGAGAAGGAAAACAUCGAGAGGAGACUCUCAAAGAACCCGGAUGUUUUACUUGGUAAAUUUGCAUUACGUUUCUUCCUGUGCCUCCCAGGUGUGGCCAGAGAAAGUGGUAUCCACCUGCUGAAUCCAGGGACUGUAGACAGGUCUGUGGUGCUGAAGUGUACACCACUGAAGUAUGACAAAGACAGAGUCAAUCUCGACAAAGUCCACAUCAACACAGAAGGAGACCUGGUCAACAGGAAGUCGGUCACCAGACCUGCAGGGGAGGGGAGACUGAAGAAGUACUGGGGCACAUGCGGUACUGACCCCCUCCCCCAGGAUGGCUGUCCCCAGUACUGGGAGGUAGAGAACAGGGUCAGUCUGGACAAACCACUCUCAGGGUACAACCUCAUCCUGGAGGUUGGAGUAUGUAGGGAGGAGCAGAGGGACGUGGAUUAUUGUAUAGGGGGACGUCCUUACUCCUACUCUAUGACCGUCUCCCUCUGUACUCCACACGGUGGAAUAUGCAGGAGGAUAUGUAAGGAGGGGAAGUAUGUGCUGCAUCUGCCUGGCACUCUCCCCAACACAGCAGGGGCAUCACACACACUACAUUACGGUGUUGUCUAUGAUGACGCCAGGAAGAAGAUUGUCUUCAUUGAUGUGAAGGAGAAGAAAGUCGUGUCGACGUUAGACAAUGUAGACUGUAGUGAACCACUGUGGCCGAUGUUCGGGGUGUAUAACCCAGAGUGGAUCACUGACAGCAUGAGACUUGUAGUGGGCAGCGACAUCAACAUGACAGAGGAGAAGAAAGUGAUGAUUGUCAAGGCGCUGGCGUGAUGGUGACAGUGAUGGUGACUAUGAACACAUGGAUAUGUAGUAGAUACCUAACAGCAGCAUGAGUGAAGAGAACUUUCCUCAUGACCUUGUUGUAUUUGAGAUCCUCAAGUAUUUAUACAAA